GUACAGGCGCUGGAUUCCCUGGACAAGAACGACAUCUCCGAGAUCCGGGUGUUCACCAAACCUCCAGAGCUGGUGCAGACUGUGCUGGAGGCGGUGGCUAUUCUACUCGGUUACAAGUAAGGAGGGGGGGGGGCACCCUACGGGGGGGGGGCACCCUACCUGGCUAAUCUAGCCGUAAAUUGUGACUCAAGUUGACUUCUCUCAGUUCUGAAAUUAAUAGUUGUUUCCCUUUGUGUAUAGAUUCAAUUUUUUUUUUAAAAAUUAAAAUAAAUUAAAACACUGCAGAAAAAGAAGUUCUAGAAAAUUGCGUUGCCUGAUCGGAUUCUUUAAAUAAAAUAGAUCGUAUUCGAACGUAAACAAACUUUUCCCAAACAAGGGAGGGGUGGGUAAAGGAGUGGCACAGCGCUACACAUUUAAUCGGUGACGUCGGUAUCAAAACAAACAACAACAAAUGAGUGGUGGCUGUUGGGGUGGAGGUGGGGACGCUGUGGAACGCUCCAGCUCUACGUUGAAGUUGUUUGUUUUUUAGUAUGUCAAGACAUAAUAUGUAUGAUCUCUCGACCUUUCCGGGAGAUCAUGACAAAAGAUCCAUGUCGUCAAACAAGCUUUAACUAACUGUAUAACUUCAUAGAAUUUUAAUUACAAUAUCCUGAUGUGUCCGUGAUUCCGAUAGACCAGGUUCACUGAUCAACCCUUUGCCAUUCCAGGACAGAUUGGGCCAGCUGCAAAGCGAUGCUCGGGGAGGGCAACUUCCUCAGAAAGUUGGUGGAGUUUGACAAGGACAACAUCCCAGCGGCGAAACUGGCCAAAGUCAGGAAGUACACGGCCAUGGCCAACUUUGUGCCAGACGUCGUCGCGAAAGUAUCAAAGGUUGACGAUUUCAGCGAAUAUAAUCGUAGAUAUUUCAAAUCAUUUCACAGAGAGUUUUAAGAGUCUACUGAUUUUUUUUUUUUUUUUUUUUUUUAAAUUUUUAGGAAUUCCGGGAAAAAAUUUAUAAAACAUCACUUCUUUUCGCCUCACGGAGCCCUUUUUAAAAUCAAUAUGUCUGUGGAGGAGCCCCUUAAAAAUAAGUCUUACAAGUUACUCUAUUUCCUGGAGCGACCAGGGUGCCCCCUGGGAAGUACACGCGGAGAACAAGUUAAACACCAACAUACUGUAGAAAAUACUUUUCAUGUAUAGUAAUUUUAUUCGAUCUAAUCUGUCACAAUAUAUUUUACGAUGUGGUGGACAAUAUCAAGUUCAAUGGGAGGAGUGGGAUAAGAGUGAGGGGGGGGGGGCACUUAGUUUAAAUCAAAUUGCAAACAAAGGUUUAAAAGUGUUAUCCUGAUGAGCUUUACUAAUUGUACUGGCGUACUUUUCACGUGGUUAGCAUGAACCAAUCAGUAGAUAUAGCUUCUUUUUUUUUUUUUUAGAAACAUAGUGGCUUUACUAUUCCCACGUUACCGUGUACAUAUUACACCAAAAAAGUAUACGUGACUCUCGGGGGACAUAUUAUCCACUUCAACAGUUAUCGGAGCUUAACAAAGAUUUAAUUCAAUUUAAUUUUUGAAGAAGAAGAAAGAAAAAAGGGUUUCAAGAAGCCCGCCAGCACCUAGACAUACGCCUGGUGCUUUGUGUUGUAGUGAGUUGGUGGGUGUUGAGUGGGAGAGGGGGAGGGGGGGCUGUUAAAUGGAUUGCUAACUCCCGAUACAUCCACAGGCCUGCAAGUCAUUAGUUAUGUGGGUGCGUGCCAUGGACAUCUACUCUGUUGUAGCAAAGCAGGUGGAACCCAAGAAACAGGCGUAA